GUGUAUCAGUACUAGUAUUAUUUCAUGGUGAAUAGUGUGGAGCUUCUCCAUCCGUCCUUACCAAAAGAAAAUUGGUGGCGAGAUAACUAUGUCUGUCAAAUAAAUGGUUUCUGGUUUCUUCCUAAAUUUGUGCCAAGAACUUUUCGUGUUCUUAAUGAGUUCAAACCACGUAAUAAUGAUGUAAUUUUAGCAUCCUUUCCAAAAACUGGGACAACAUGGCUUAAAUCUCUUCUUUUCUCUAUCAUAUAUCGAUCCUCCAAAGAGUCAUUAGUCAACCACAAUCCCCACGAGCUUGUUCCUACGCUUGAGGUCCAAGUCUUUGGAGGAACUGAACCAUCUCCAAUUGAAAUUGAGAAUCUAGAUUCAAGGAGGCUCUUCUCUACCCAUAUUCCUUACCAGCUUAUAGGAGAAACUCUUGAUUCAUCUCACUGUCGAGUUGUUUACAUUACCCGAAACCCUAAAGACACACUGGUAUCAAUGUGGCAUUUCACAAAUAAAUGGAAGGACGUAGAAGAUGGGCCAUGGCCCCUUGAAGAAGCCAUAGAGAAAUUUUGUGCUGGAAUAUUUCCUGGUGGACCUUAUUAUGACCAUGUUAUGGGAUUCAAAACGGCAAGCUUAGAGAAACCUGAAAAUAUUUUCUUUAUAACUUAUGAGGAGCUAAUGACAGACACAAACACUCAUGUCAAAAGAUUGGCUGAGUUUCUAGGAUGCCCAUUUGACAGAGAGGAGGAAGUAGAGGAGGUUGUGAAGAGUUGCAGCUUUGACAUUCUGAGCAGCUAUGAAGUGAACAAAUCUGAAGAUUUUCCUUCUUGGUUUCAAGUUCCCUAUAAUUCUUUCUUCCGACAAGGUGUAGUUGGGGAUCAUAAAAACUACCUGAAUGCUAUGACAAUUGAGCGUAUUGAUGCAUUGACAAGAAACAAGUUUCAUGGAGCUGGUUUCAUAUAUGGCAUUUAGUAUUUUGUGUUAUGAUUUUGUCCU